GUAUAUGUAUAGAUGAUUUGGAAUUGCGUGAGUUGAAAGUUUUCAAGUUGAUGGUUGAAUCUACAUACUACAUAUUCGGUUGAUAUUGCAAAUUGUUCGUUUCCAAAGUUGACAAUUCUUCAAACAAAGGAUAAAAAUCCUGGGAUCAAGUCAAUUCUUAAUUCUAUAUUUGGGUCUAGUGGCUCUCUUAAAGAAUUUAGUAUUAAUUCUAGUUCACCACUUCAUUUAUGGAAUUUGAUAGUUGAAGGAGUUCAAAAACUUAGUAUCACUGGGUUUUUGCCCAUGAAAAAAGGGAGUGAAAUUGAUGAGAUUCAUACUGAUCGUGAUUUAAAAGAAUUGGAACUUUCCCAAGCUUCAUAUUUACACCAGCUUACAGAGAUUGAAAAUCUAGAAAAAUUAACUAUUUUAACAUGGCAUGGUCCUAAAUGGAAGUUGAAAAAAGAGUAUGAAAAUGUCUUGAAAAUCUUUAGUAUACUCGGAGCUCCAUGGAAAUUGAAGCUCUUCACUAUAUCUGUUAGGGUCGAAAAUUCAAAGAUUAGUGAUUUUGUUUCCCAGUUGAAUUAUCUUGAGGAAAUGAUUCAUGAUAAACCAAAACGUCCAUUGAAGUAUAAAGUAUAUCCUAGUGGAAACAAACAUAUGGUUUACAAGCUCAUGUUUGAUGUCAACAAACUUGUGGACAGACAACCAGUUAAUCACAACAUACAAUUUGAACCGUUUGAAAACAUUUUUCACCGUGGAUAGAGAAAUAAAACACCACCCUUACAACAACAAACGUUCAACUUCAAACUCAGGGCUGGGGCAUAUAAUCUUUCAUUAAUUAACUUCAACAAUGGUUU